AAAGUCAUUUCAGUUAAAACGAGGUUAUAUCUCCUUUGCAGUGCAGUGUGAGCUUAUCGGUAGGAAAAAGGGUAUAAGGAGAUAGAACAAGUGUUUAUACUUCUAUACACAAAGGGAGUGAGGGAGAGAGACUGAAACGCACAAGUAGACAUAAUGCCAAGAAGUUAUGUUAACAACUCGAUGAAUAGAAGCCUUGGUCGGGUAGGGAUGUCAGUUGGUAGUAUGCCCGUAUCCAGAGGAAGUGGAGGUGGUGGUGGCGGCUUCAGCGGAAGUGGUUUUGGUGGCUCUGGUAGCAGUAGUAGCAGCGGGACAAGCACAAGAGCAUAUGUGGAUAACGCUUACAACAGAAGUCACGGAAGAGUAGGGGAACCUGUAGGAUCCCAUGUAAUAUCAAAGACGACAGGAAGUGGCUCAAAGCAGCCGGCUGCGACAACGGAAAAAGUAUACGCGGAUAAUGCUUAUAAUAGAAGUCAUGGCAGAGCUGGGGAGCCUUUAGGGUCAAAAGUUAUAUCAAAGAAGACUCCAAGUUGUACUGAGCCAACAGCUCAAGGUCCUGAAGGGAAGGUCUAUAAAGAUAACAGAACGAAUCAACGCCUUGGCCGUGUCGGAAAAGAAAUUGGUACCGCGGUGUACUCAGCAAAGACAAAAACUACAGUGGAAAAAGUUUACAAAGAUAACAAAGAAAACAGAGAACGCGGACGUGUAGGAAAACCGCGAGGAAGUAUGCCGUCAAAGAAUAAGAGUACAAGAACGAAGGCGAUUAAAGACACCGCCAGUAAAAUAGAGACAGGAGAAGAGAUUGAAACAGACGAGAGAAACCUGUCUUUGUAUGAUGGUUUUUAUGUUGAUGAUUAUGAUGAGGCAGUAGACCAAGCAAUUUUUUCUUGGAACCGUAUAGAAGAAGAGGCCGAGUGGAAAAUCCAUACAAGGUCAAGAGAAACUCCGAAGACGCAACUGACUGCCCUACAAAACUACUUUGGGCAAAAGAUUUCAUUUGGCGACAUUGAGCUGGGAAAGAAGAUUGGAAGCGGUGGUUUCGGUGAAGUGUAUUUCGCAAAGUGGAAAGGGACUAUCGUUGCCGUGAAAAAGAUGCACAACGAGGGAGUUUCGAAUAGAAGGCUGAAGGAGUUUGAGGAAGAGGUUAUUAAGUUCAACGAACUAGACCAUCCUAAUAUUGUCAGGUUUAUCGGUGCUUCUGUUGAGAGGCCCAACCUUUGUAUCGUUAUGGAAUAUAUGCAUAUGAGUUUGUUUGAGGCCAUCCACGUGAAAGAGGUGGAUUUAGAAGAAAGUGAACGCCUUGAUAUCAUGAGACAGACGAGCAACGGACUGAAGUAUCUACAUUCUAAACCAAUGGCUCACUGCGAUCUAAAGACAACAAACGUCCUGAUGAGCAGUGAAAUUGGUAAAAUGGAAGUCAAACUCAGUGAUUUCGGUCUUAGCAGUAUGAAAAGCAACACAGAGACGUCCUCUUCCUGCGCUAAACUACAGGCCUUCACACUGCGCUAUUCUGCCCCAGAAAUACUACGUGCUGAAAGAUUACCAAGCGUGGAAGAUAAAAUGAGGGCAGAUAUUUAUUCUCUGUCCCUGAUUUUCUUUGAAGUUGUUUUCGAAGAUGAGCCAUUUUACGAUUUCAACAUUCCACAACUGAUGAAGAAUGUUGGAGAAAAGGGUGUUUCGCCGGAAAUACCUGAAAAGCCCACAGUUUCAAUCAAUGUCAAGAAUAUUCUAGAAAAUGCUUGGUGCAACAAACCAGAAAAGAGACCAACUGUUGUGUCCAUUUGCGAUUCCCUACAAACCCUUGAAUCUAUUUAUGGGAACUGAAUAAUUAAAAGAAAGGGCCAUUGCUUGUCCUUACUCGAACAUUAUUGCAAUAGUCCAUAAAUGACUUCGUGAAGUAAUCAGAGCUCAAACUUGUAUAUAAUAAUAAUAAUCAUAAUAAUAAUAGGAAGAAGAAUGAAAAUAAUAAUGAUAAUUAUGUGGUGUCUUGAUUUUGUGCAGAAAAUUCGAUACAAACAUUGUUACAAGUGUAAUAUACAUGUAUCUAAUCUCAUUUUAAUAUCGUCGAAUGACCAUCUUCGAGGAAUAGCAUGUUGUCACUGUAUCUUUGAGUGAUACUGAUUUAAACUGAAUUUAUGUACUGUCGUACAUGUCAUGAGUUUUUUGUUUUCAAUAUUCACUAAUGUAGUGUUAAAUUAAUCACGUGUUAUAAUAUCAGUGUAUUCCGUAUAUGUUUUAUUUUCGAUAAUUAAAAAAUAAUAAUAAUGUA